AUGUGCGUUCCCGAAACCCUAACGCUCCUCGUCGUGGCUCUAACCGUCUCCGCCGGAUUCCACAGAGCCGUUGCCUUUGGCGGAAACGGAGGUGGAAACACCAAUAAUGUCUACUCGCCGUGCUCCGACACCAGAAUCCAAAGAUCCGACGGAUUCACAUUCGGAAUCGCAUUCUCUUCGCGUCCUUCUUUCUUCCUCAACCAAACGAUUCUUCUCUCUCCCUGCGACCGCCGACUUACCCUCGCCGCCAUGAAUUCUCAACUCUCUGUCUUCCGUCCUAAGAUCGACGAGAUCUCUCUCCUCUCUGUCAACACCUCCGCUUUCUUCCCGGACAACUAUGGUGGAUACAUGGUGGCAUUUGCUGGCCGGAAAUACGCAGCGAGGUCUCCUCCGGCGUUUAUCGCUAACACAACCUUCAUCGUCACCAGUUUUACUUUGGUGAUGGAGUUUCAGAAAGGUAGGCUUCAAAACCUAUACUGGAAGAGAGACGGUUGUGCGUCGUGCAAAGGGAAUCCGAAUUUCGUGUGCCUCAACAAGCAAGACUGUGCUAUCAGAACACCGAGCUGCAAAGGCCGGGGAGGUACAGUAGACUGCAGUCUCGGGAUCCAGCUUGCGUUCUCCGGCACUGACAAACACUUGGCGGUUCUCAACUCGUGGUAUGAAGUCGAGAACCUUAAGCAGUAUUCUCUCUACGGUCUGUAUUCAAACCUCAAGAGCUCGCUUACCAGUCAGUUCAACAAUUUCUUUUGA